AUGUCUUCACAAGCCCGGCUCCCUUUAGAUUAUGACAUCCUCGGCUUUUAGUAAACCAUCUCAUUGGCUGCACACCCACUGGUCUUUCAUUAGCCUAGAUUAAUUACCAGAAGGCUGCGUGGGAUCUGCGCUCACUGUUUCUUUAAAGUCGUGCAGAGGGGAGCCCGCGAUAAAGGAAGGAGGGGGCUGCUGUGCGCCAGUCGGAGGUGUCUGCCUGUCGCAGCGCCUUGGGGUUGACAUUAAGAAGAGCGCGUCCAUGCUCCAUCUGGGGGGGAUCGUCGCGAAGCGAAAGGGCGCCGGAGCAGAAGCCGAUCGGGGGAGGUGCUCAUCGGUCCGAGGAUACAUGGAUGGACAGAGAAACACUGCGAUCGGGAUUAAGUUGUCAGCCGCCGCUAAGAAGAUCUGGAUGUGAUGGGGAAUACAGCGCCUAAACCGUUAAUAGAUGCUACUCUGCAACCCCGCCCAGUGGCAAGCAGGCAGUAUUACACUCUGCCCAACAACGGGUCGGGUGUGGAGAGAAGAACAUCAGCCCCCCCGGUCAACAUCAACUUAGAGUCGCUGCGCUUUAACCCGCACGCAAGGGGGAAGAACAUCAGGCUGGAUGGGCAGCUUCGAAGGGCCACUCGCAAGAACAGUUUCUGCAAUGGCGUCACGUUCAGCCAUCGCCCCGUCCACCUUUACGAAAAGGUCCGUCUGCGCCUAACCGGUGUGCACACUGGCUGGAGCGGAGCUCUGCGCUUUGGUUUCACCAGUCUGGAUCCAAGUGAGCUGGAGGCCACUGACAUCCCUAAGUAUGCUUGCCCAGACCUGGUAACGCGGCCCGGUUACUGGGCCAAGGCCCUGCCUGAGAGGCUGGCCCUAAAGGACAACGUGCUGUCGUUCUGGGCCGACCGCCACGGACGGGUGUUCUACAGCAUCAACGACGGCGAGCCCAUCCUCUUCCACUGUGGGCUCAGCAUCGGCUGUCCACUCUGGGCAAUCAUCGACAUCUACGGCAUCACCCAGGAGGUCACGCUGCUAGACAGCACGUUUGCUGAGAGUGUGGGAUCCAGCUGCCUGAGCGCCGCCCGUCUGAGCGCUUGUCUUCCCCAGAGCAGCCACGACUCGGCCAAUUACAACAACAAUCAGCUGGAGAACAACCAGGCGGCCGCUGCCAAGAUGGCCAACCUCCAGCUCAACGGCUACUCUCAGCUCAUCCCCUGCUGCUCGUCCUCCUCUUCCUCCUCCACGUCGUCAUCGACCGUCUCCGCUGCGUUCCCCAGGGGGGUCCGGGGCCUGCCGACCCUGCUGGACAAUGACUUGCACUUUCACCUGAUCCGCGGAUCCGAUGUGAUACUCUCGGCAGACCGUUUGGCCGCCUGCAUCCAUUUCCUGGACAACAGCAGGACUCUGGUGUUCACCGACCGGCCGCUGCACGUGGGGGAGACUCUGUAUGUGGAGGUGGGCCAUCUGGGCCUGCCUUACUUCGGGGCGAUGUCUUUCGGUUUAACGUCCUGCGACCCAGCCUGUCUGCACUCUGCCGACCUGCCAGCUGACCCUGAGGUGCUCCUGGACCGGAAGGAGUAUUGGGUGCUGCACCGGGGCUUCCCCAUGCCUUGCUCCGGAGACGUUCUCAGCUUCAGUCUGCUGCCCAGCGGAGAGGUGCAACACGGGGUGAACGGAGUGGGACGGGGCCGGCUGCUCUGCGUAGACUCCUCUCAGGUCCUGUGGGCCUUCUUCACCCUCCACGGGGCUGUGAACAGACUCAGGAUACUCGGAACACUGCAGUCCAGUCCUCCCUGCACAUCCCCCACAACUUCUCAGAGCAGCAGCCCAGAUGACAGUGACUCAGACCUGGCUUUCAGCGUCAACAGAUCUUCCUCUGCCUCAGAAUCCUCUCUGGUGACGGCUCCCAGCUCCCCUCUCAGCCCCCCCACCUCCCCCUCCCUGACUGCCUCUGAGCUGCCCCCUGCUGGGAAGAACGGAGAGUGCACCAUCUGCUUCGACCAGGAGGUGGACACGGUCAUCUACACCUGCGGACACAUGUGCCUGUGCAACGACUGCGGGCAAAAGCUGAAGAGACAGAUCAACGCAUGCUGCCCGAUAUGCAGGAGGCCCAUCAGAGACGUCAUCAAAACGUACCGGCCGUGAAAGGCGGCUCCCUUCGUUCAACCGGGUGCUCUGCGCGGCAACCACCUGUUCACUCCUUCUCAGGCUUCGCUGGACAACAAUCCUGACCUUAAAUCUGAAACUGACCGCACCAGGACAUCACUGUGCCUCCUUUGAUUUCCCUUUCAUAUUGCGGCCAAAUGCAGUCCGGAGUCAGAAGUGAGACGGCUGUCAUCCUAAUAAACUAGACCCGAUGUUCCAGCACCUUUACUUCAGCACCGAUAUGAUGAAACAUGCGCUCCGUUUCAUGUCUCCCCAACUCGUCUCGACUGUGUUUGUUGAAGCAGAGGGGCUCGUUGUGAAUAGUUUGUCCUUAUUGCCGUCAUUCUGGGGAUGUAGUCCUUUGCAAAAAUCCAAUGAGAUCCUGCGCGUUGGAAUGUUUCACAUUUUGUCACGCGGCUGCAAACUUCGGUGCAUUUAGUUUGGAUUUUAGAGGACAGACCAGCACUAAAGUAGAACGUAACAGUGAAGUGAGGGGGAAACAGUUGAAAAGUGGGAUAUUUGUAGAACCAAAUCUUAUAGAGCCCACCUCCACAAGCUUUGUACAUCUAGAGGAGGGGUUCCCAAGCUUUUCAGCGUCUGACCCCCAAAAUAACGGCACCAGAGACUGGUGACCCCCUUUUAGCAGGUGGGAUAUUUUUUUUCUUUUUUGGGGGGCAAAAUUAUGAGAAUAAAGUAGUGUUUUUGUAAACCGUCUCGCGACACCCCAAGAGGUGUCUCGCCACCGCCAGGGGGGUCUCGGCCCCCAAUUUGUGAACCCCUGAUCUAGACGAUAACAUUUCCGUCUGUUCUGAUCUAGUAGUUUAGCUCAAGCAUUGAGUCUUUCCAUAUAUUAACAAUCAGAGGUCUAAGACUGUCCCCUAAAAUCAGUCUGACCUGACUGCUGUAUUUCUUGUCACUCUAGCACCUGGAAGUUCUCUGAUCUCAACCAUUGCAUCGUAGCAUUGGUUGGAUGCUGGUUUUCUUCAUGGAUUACCAUUUAUUAACGGCAAGUCCUAGCUAAACAAAAGGAUCCCUAAAGCAUAAUGCUGCCCCUGCCAUGUUUCACUCUGAGGGUGGUGUUUGCUGGAGGAUGUGGGUUAGAUAUUGUGUGAUGCAUGAGGGCCAUAAGCUAAAAUUGUGAGUUCAAUUUUGGCUUCAUCUGACCAAAGCAUCUUCUUCCCUCCACACUGGUUCCUUCUUACCACGCUGGCAUAAAGCCCAGAUGUGUGGAGUUAAUCAUCUUCACACUAUCUGAUUUUCACAGCUUAUCCGUGGACCUCUGCAGCUCCUCCAGAGUCGCCGUGGCCCACAUAGCUGUUCCUCGGAUUAAUACUCUUCCUGCCUGGCCUGUUAGAUGAGGUCGACUGUGACGUAUUGGUGGGUUUGCAGCUGUGCUAUAUUCUUCUCAUUUUUGGAUGCUGAAUAAAACAGAGCUUUCUGGGGUGUUCAGAGGCUGAGUUAUUUUUUUAUAACCCAUCCCUGCUUUGUACUUUUCCAGAACUUUAUCCCCUGUCCUGACUGCUGUGUUUCUCGGUCUUCAGCAUUGUUCACUGAUGUCCUCGACCAAACCUCUGAGGCCUUCACCGAACAGCUGGGUUUAGGCCGAGGUUAAAAAUGCACACAGAUAAUGCGAGAAAUGCAGGUGACUUAGUUUCCGUUCGGAAAAGUUUUAGAUAACCAUGCAUCCGUUUCCUUCUACUUCACAAUUAUGUUGUAAUUUGCUGUUGGUCCAUCUCAUAAAUGCACACUAAAACACAUUAAGGUGUUUGGCUGAAAAGUGACAAAAUAUGAAAUGGCUUAAGGAACAUAAAGAAUUUUGCAAGGCACUGUAUAUGUCCUUUAAUAGAACCUGUGGACCAUUGACUUUGAGUGCCUUAGAUCGUUGUUGUGGUAUCUCUAAAAGCAAAAAAUGGAAAUUAAAUGAAAACCCAGCCAUAUUUUAAGCAUCAGUUCUCCCCAGAGGCA